AUGAAGCUAUCAAAUGGAGGUGGAAGGCUAAUAAUUGCCUCGGAUGGCGUAUGGGAUGCAUUGUCAUCAGAUAUGGCAGCAGAAUCUUGUCGUGGAUUGUCCGCUGAACUUGCUUCUAGGCUAGUACUGAAGGAAGCACUGAAGAAACGUGGACUGAAGGAUGACACAACUUGUGUAGUUGUUGAUAUAAUUCCUCCUAAUUGUACAGUGCAGCCUCCUUCUCCACCCAAGAAAUAUAACAAACUUCAAGCUUUGUUCUUCAGAAAAAAAUCUUGCAAAUCUGCUCAUAAACUAUCAAAGAUGCUAUCCUGUGGGUAUAGUAGAGGAAUUAUUUGA